UCACCGACCAGGAAGCCGCGGGCCCCUGGCGGGGAGGGAGGCUGGUGGCCCUGGGCGGGGCUCCCUCAGGUGCAGGGCUGCAAGGCCGCGACGCAGGGAGGGGCCGGGGCGGGGGCGGUGCGCGGGAGGCCCCCAGCGUCUGCUCCCUGUCCCCCCUUUCCCUAGGAAGGCGCCCCUGUCCCGGUCCGGAGGGCCGAGGCCCCACGCGGAGGCCGAGACCCCGCCCGGAGGCCGAGACCCCGCCCGGAGGCAGAGACCCCGCCCGGAGGCUGAGACCCCGCCGGAGGGCCGAGGCCCCGCGGGAGCAUGGCUGGCUGCGGCCGGACCUGAUGCUGUCGCCUCCCGCUGGCUCUCUGCCCAUUGCCUAGCAACAGCCGCGGAGCGGAGGCCGCAGGUGGGAGCGGCCCCUCCCACCAAACAUCAUGUUCGGCAGGUCGGGCUACCGGGCCCUGCCCCUGGGCGACUUUGACCGCUUCCAGCAGUCCAGCCUGGGCAUCUACGGCUCCAAGCAGGGCUUCUUCCCCGCCAUUCUGAGCCGGGAGCGCCCGGGCCCGGGCCAGGACGCGGCAGACUCUCCCCAGAGCUGGCCGUCCUACAUCUGCCACAGCAUUAUCAGCUUCCUGGUGUUCCUGCUGCUCGUGAUCACUUUUCCCAUUUCCGGAUGGUUUGCUUUGAAGAUCGUCCCUACCUACGAACGGAUGGUCGUGUUUCGUCUGGGCCGGAUCCGGGCCCCCCAGGGCCCAGGUAUGGUCCUCGUGCUUCCUUUCAUCGACUCGUGGCAAAGGGUAGAUCUGAGGACACGAGCAUUCAACGUCCCUCCUUGUAAGCUGACCUCCAAGGAUGGCGCCCUGGUCUCCGUGGGGGCUGACGUCCAGUUCCGCAUCUGGGACCCGGUGCUCUCAGUGAUGAUGGUGAAGGACCUGAACUCGGCCACCCGCAUGACGGCCCAGAACGCCAUGACCAAGACCUUGCUGAAGAAGCCACUGCGCGAGAUCCAGAUGGAAAAGCUGAAGAUCGGGGACCAGCUCCUCCUGGAGAUCAACGACAUGACCAAGGUGUGGGGCCUGGAAGUGGACCGAGUGGAGCUGACGGUGGAGGCCGUGCUGCAGGCGCCCCCGGAGACCCCCGCUCUGCCUGGCCUGGACAGCGCCAUCCAGCAGCUGGCGCUCCACUUCUUCGGGGCCGGCAGCAGCGGGCACGCUCCUGGGACAACCGAGACAGACACCAUGGAGAUAGUGAAUGAAGUAGAAGGGUCGCCCCCCUCUGCCAACAACCCAACUGGCAAUGGCAGCACGGAGAAAAGGCCAACGGUGGAGGAGCUGCUGGCCGCCGUGGAGCUGUUUCUAUCUGAAGCUUUGGUCAGCCAAGUCCAAGCGUGCUACCAGUUUAACAUCUUCCUGCCUACCAGUGCCCAUAACACCUACUUCAUUGAUCUCACCACAGGCUAAAGACUUCCAGUUCAUCCAAAAGAUCUUCAUAUGGCAUGGCUCCCAGUCUCCCCACCAUCAUGGCUACCUUCCAGUGGAAGUGCUUCAGUUGGACAUAGCCUUUUCAAAAAGUGGUGCACCUAACUGGAAGCAAUUAUCCAAAUGCAGACUAAAUGUAGACAGCAUAGUAUGGCUUUAAAUUCCCUUCAUCUGGACCCUAUUUUUUCUAUUAAUGUACCCUAAGAGUGAAUGAGUUCUUUCAGUUACCAUGUACAUUGAUGACUCAUAGCUUUACAUCUAUUAAAACAGUUGGGUUCUAUUUGUACUGUUAUCUAUUCUGUCCUUGUAUGGUUGCCUUUCUGAAAUGAGGACUAGGAUUUCAAAAUUAUUCUUACUGCAUUUCAUUUUAUUAGAUUCAGUCUAUUUUUCUAGAGAUCUCAUCACUUUAGUAGCUAAAAGUUUGGAUUCUUUAUUCUAGCCCAUUUUAGCCAACUUUCAGCCUAGGCUCCUUUAUCAGGAACUCUAUAAUUUAGCUAGUUUCUUGACUCACAAAGUGAUUAGUUGAAGAUAUUUUAAGAAGAUGCUUUACCCCUCCUCCUUGUCCUUCUUUGCACUGUUUGUGGAAACCUAAUUAUCAACAUUUCUUACAAUAUUAUGAAAGAAAUUGUCAAAAACUUUCAGAAAAUGAAGUAUGUUAGCUAUGACACUCUACUGAUCUGCAAAUCUAGUAAAUCUAUUUCAAAUGGUAAACACUAUCAGCCUACCAUGAGUUAUUCUUUUGUGUGUGUUUGAAACGAAAUAUUUAAUUUAACUAAGGAACCGACAAUCAUUAACAAAUAUGACGCAGAAUUUCUCAAUAUGUUUGGGAAACGAAGUAAUAAAAAUUGAUAAUUAUGACAUUAAUUCCAAAGUAAUCUUGAGCUUCCUUAUUCUUCAUUUAAAAAUAAUUUAUUUUAUUUAUUUUCCAA